UGAUGCGGUUUUCUUCGCGAUAUGGCACAUAGGUACGCUAUCGAUUCGUUAAAGUAGGUCCCUAUAUAAAAACAAAGUAUUAUCAGGACAUUGCAAUAAAAUUCCAUCACCUCGUUCCCACAAGGCCAUGUGCAACAAACUAUGCAUUCGCUGCCUUGUACCUACUUAUUGUCUGUCAACAAAAACACCGGCGCUGGGUUUCUUCAUAUAAAAAACUACAAAUUAUUUCCGUAUUUUUUGCCAGUCAUUGAAUCAACUACUUACAACUGAUGUUAGAUAAAAUAAUAUUAAUAGAAAUAUUUAGUAAAACUUCAAUUAGAUUGGAAAAAUAAUAUAAGUAUAGGUAUACCUCAUACCUCCAUGUUUCAGUAUAGAGCAAUGCUUUUAACCUGCUAGUACCUAGAUAGAUGGAAUGUGGAAUGCUAAGAAGUUGACGAAGUCAUUCAUUGUAUAAAAUUUUUGCUAAAAUCUUACUGUACUGCGUACAAUUAUUUUAAAUAUAAACCAAUAAAACUGAAAUAUUUUUUUAUGUUACGAAUUGGACAUCUGCAAUGUUGAACUUAUCAAUGGAGGUCCUUGUACAUGCAUUUGUUUGUAUUAAAGGAUGCAACGCAAUCGCAUUAUCUGCCGCGGUAUCUCUGUACACAAAAUAAACGCCACUUUAGCUAUCAGGUAGGAUCUGUAAAAUGCAAACAAUUGUAUUGAGUUGUCGUUGACAAAAGCAAUUUAAUAGCAGUUUAUUUUAUACGUUAUUUAGGAAUAGCAGGAUAGAACUUGAAUACUUGUAUAACUAACUCGUAAAACUAGCAAAAUUUACAUUUCUAUAUUGAAUCAAACGAUUAAAACUUAGUUCCUAAUAUAAAUAAACUAUACAAACCCACAUCAUCUCAAAAAAAAACUCGUUAACAGAUUGUUAACUAAGUAUAAGUAAAUCGCUUCGGAAUUUCUAAUGACUUUUUAAUUAGCCGCCACAAAAUCUGAUAUCAAAUUACGUGACGGCACAAUAGCCAUAAUAUAAGUUACAAAUUAAUUUUCCCACAUACCCUUAAAGUAAUAACAUUCUUUUGUGUGCAAACAGUAUCCAUUUCCCAUUGAACUGGUAAAUUGUAUGAAUGGACGGACGUCACAACACUCGUAAGCUCAUUGGUGCGUACGCGCCGAUUGCGGUGGCUGAUAUGAUAACAUCUAUUUGAGAUACAGUUACAAGUUUAGGGGAUGAUGCGCAAUUAUUCCUUGGGGUGUGGCUUAUGUAAGUACCACCCUUCUUGCCUGAAUAUAAUUUUAGACUUGAAAUGUAGAUUUAGUUUGAUCAAGUUAGUGCGAUGGACGUAUCUCCGAUGUCCGGUCGGUGCAGUUCGGACUUCAGUAUCGAGAGGAUUUUGAGUGAGGAUUCUGGCAGAAGCCGGGAGGAGGCACCCAGCUGGCUGUGCUGUACUCGGUAUAGGCCCCCACGACUUCCAAGGUCUACAAGCAGCGCCUGCCGGGCGCGCCGCUCGGGUCGCCACGCGCGGGUGCCGUUCACCGCGGCGCAGGCGUCGGCGCUGGAGGCCGCCUACGCUAGGGCUCCGUACCUCGCCCCGCCAGCCCUGCGCGCCCUUGCCGCAGCCCUACAGCUCAGAGACGACAGAAUAAAAAUUUGGUUCCAAAACCGGCGAGCGCGGGAGAGAAGAGAGAAAAGUGCCAACAUAACUCCGCCACUCGAAGUGACUUUACCACCGACCUCCCGCAUACCACAAUCUGCCACCUGGAUACCGCAAACAAAUACCACACAUUUUUUACCUGUAGAAUCCAAUGCCGUUAGUGCUCAUGAGAAUAUAGAGAUUCACGGAGUGCCCUAUGAUUUGACAGUGACAUCUUUACAAUCUUCUCUUUAUUCUGAGACGAUGAGAGGGUCACCUCCAGGGAACAAUAGGUCCGAAACACCUCUAGAUGUUGAGAGCAUAGACGAAUAAAUACGGCUGUGAAUUGAAUAAUGGUUUCGGCAGUAUAUAUGUAGUAUUUAUGAUUUGAGCACAGCAUAGCCGUCCUUACGAUAGCAGAGCUGCAUUAAAGGAGUUACGAAUUUCAUAAAUUCAGCUCGGGUAGGUAUAUAAAACAAAACUAUUUCUGUGAUAUAUUAAACUAGCGUGUCAUUUGUGUAAUAAAUUAAGAAAUAAAGUGUGUAUUUAUUUAUAUAAUAUCUUUAGAUAAAUAUUCCCCUAUACAAAGCUAGAUGAGACUAACUCAGACUUUAGUGCGAUUUCAAUGAAAUCGAAAAAACGGCGUUUGGUGACUAAUAUUCGAACGACAUACAUUUUAGCUGUAUGGAAUUUUAAUGUGCGCAUGCGUCAAAACGCGCACGCGUUGCGUAGCGUACGUAUUGGUGUGCAUCUGCCUUUAAAUUCCUAUUCCCGCUAUUAUCAAUCAUAACAAGUUAGAAUCGGUUUGUUUAUUGUAUUGGGGACACAACGACUCCAUUCAGAGCGUGAGCCAGUCCCUCUUAUCAGUUGAAGCGCUGCCUCCCUACUGAGAUUACACACUACUU